ACCGAUUCUGAUUUCUAUUAACUUAAUACUCGUGUAACUACAUAUUUACUUGUACAAGCAACAGUUAUUUAAGAUAAAAACAUAUAUAUGUAUUUACCUCGUUUUACAAGGUUUCUUACAUAACCUUAAGGACGCUAUUGUAUGAAUACCUUUUUAAAGGUGAAAAUUAAUUUAAAAUCAGUAAACAGCAACAUGUCACCAAAAAAGAAAGUGUUAAUGGUGUGUUUAGGAAACAGCUGUCGUUCUCCAAUAGCAGAAGCAGUAUUUUACGAUGAAAUAAAAAAGUUAAAUCUUUCUGACGUUUGGGAAGUAAAUAGCGUUGCACUUUUACAGUAUCACGUAGGUAACGGUCCAGAGCCUAGAACUAUGUCUACGCUCAAAAAAAGAGGCAUUACAGAUUAUACUCACAUAGCGAGACAGAUAACAAAGGAAGAUUUCUACAAAUUCGAUUGGAUAUUUGGAAUGGAUAGUGGAAUAGUAUUUGACCUCUGUCAAAUGCAACCGGAAGAUAGUCAAGCAAAAAUUGAACUUCUUGGAAAAUAUGAUCCGAAUGGAGAAUUAAAUAUAAGAGACCCGUUAUUUGACAGUGACAGCGCUGGAUUUGAAAAGGCAUUUGAGCAAGCUGCAAGAAGCAUAAAAGUAUUUCUGGAACGACAUAAAGAUAUAGUAAAUACAUAAUUACACUGAUUAUAAUUGCAUUGUCAUAUAUACCUUAUAUAUAAACUAUUGUACAUUGGAAUAAACAUGAAAUAUGUAAGUAUUA